ACAAAUGAACAAAUGCCCGAAAACAAAGACGAUCAUAAGUGAAUCUCAUGGAGAAACAGUGUUGGAGAGAGAGAGAGUGCGUGUAUCUGUGUGUGUGAGAGAGUACCAAAAGAAGAUGGCGUGUGAUAACCUUUGGCUUGGCUUGUCUAUUUGAUUAUUUAAUUACGCACUGUGCUGACAAGGGGAGAUUUGAAACAGCUUUAUUGAUAUCCAUGGUGAAAGUCUCUCUUUUUAUCUUUCUCCCCCAUCUUCCCUCUCCCCUCCUUUCCACCACAAGAGGACCUCUCUCGUAAAAUACUUUCUGUUCCCUCCCUUUCAUUUUCUUCACUGACAGAGGAAUACCUGCACACUUUCUCACGCACGCACGCAUACUCAAAGCAGAACCCCCGAGCCACUCUUCAGACACAUACAUCACCCUCUCUCUCUAGCUAUAUGGACAUGAUAAGGACCUUGGCAGAACAGCAGAAAGAGAGAGAGUGAUCAGAGUAACAGGAAAGGACAGGGCAGAGAAAACACAGAGAUUUUCCAGCCAUAUCAUACCUUAUUAUUUCGCCUUUCUCCCUGCCACCCGAUUCAUCAAAAUCCCCAUGAAACCCAUAUAAGAUCACUCUCUUUCUCAACCCCACCUAUGAGUUAAACUAACAACAACCCAGAGCAAACCUCCUUCUCCUCCCUCCACUAUGACUUCUGAUCUUGAGUUCACCAACUCCUUGUCGUUCUCUGAAUUGGUUUUCACAGAUUCUUGAAGAUUGGAAGCAAGAUUCUGACCUGUGUUAUUGACAACCCUUGCCAGUCUCUAAAGGCUAUCAAACUCCUUGCUUUAGCUUUUUGGCUCAUUAAGCUUCUUUUUAGCCUGUGACUUCUAGCUGGAUUUCCAUGGAGUCCUACGGCUAUUUUGAUAACACGGAUGCCCACUUGCCUCCUGGAUUUCGCUUUCACCCAACUGAUGAAGAACUUAUCACAUACUACCUCCUCAAGAAAGUCUUGGACAGCAACUUCACCGGCAGAGCCAUUGCCGAAGUUGACCUCAACAAGUGCGAGCCAUGGGAGCUACCUGAGAAAGCAAAGAUAGGAGAGAAAGAGUGGUACUUCUUCAGCCUGCGUGACCGCAAGUACCCAACUGGCCUUAGAACUAACAGGGCUACUGAGGCUGGAUACUGGAAGGCUACUGGGAAAGACAGGGAGAUUUACAGCUCCAAGACUGGUUCUCUCGUGGGGAUGAAGAAGACGCUGGUGUUCUACCGAGGAAGAGCUCCUAAAGGAGAGAAGAGUAACUGGGUCAUGCACGAGUACCGACUUGAAGGCAAAUUUGCUUACCAUUACCUCUCUAGGAGUUCCAAGGAUGAGUGGGUCAUAUCCCGGGUGUUUCAGAAGAGCGGAUCCAGCGGUGGAGGAAGUGUUGGAUCGAAGAAGACUCGCCUGAUCUGUUCUACUGCUAGUGUUACCCUGUACCCAGAGCCCAGCUCACCUACCUCGGUCUCCCUCCCGCCGCUGCUUGACUCCUCGCCCUACCCCACCGCCACUGCCGCGCCCUCCGUCAACCUCAACGAUCGUGACGGCUGCUCUUACGACAGCCCAAUUGCAAGGGAGCACGUGUCCUGUUUCUCCACCAUAGCCGCAGCAGCCGCCUCCGCUGCUGCCACCAACUUCAACCCUAGCUUCGACCUCGCUCCACCACUGCCUGCGAUUGCCUCCGUCGACCCCUUCACGCGGUUUCCGACGAACGUUGGAGUCUCGACUUUCCCGAGCCUGAGGUCCUUGCAGGACAACCUUCAGCUGCCAUUCUUCUUCUCGCAGGGCACGGUGCCUAUGCUCCACGGAGGUCCCGCCGAACCUGGCCUCUGCAGCUCGUCUGGGACAUGGCCAAUGCAGGAGGACCUAAAGGUCGAUGGCACCGGUGGUGGCAGAGCGGGAAUGGGUCCCACUGAGCUUGACUGCAUGUGGACCUACUAAGAAGUUUCAUGUUUCUAUAUACCUAGGCCUGAACACAGUGAUAACGAAGCUCUAGUACUAAGUACUGUUGUUAUAAAGUCGGUUUGAUAUUGUGUAGGCCCCUUUUCGAUCGCCAUUAAACUGCUUAUCUUCUUCUAGUUAAUACAAUGAUUCACUUCCUGGUAAAGUGAACUCAUUGCUUUACUGUGCUUUAAUUUUAGUUUAAUUGUAUGUCAUUAAUUGAACUACUUUUUUACUGUGUC